AUGACAGUGCCCAGACCAUGGCCCUUGGGAGCACACCUGCUCAUGAUCUUCCUCUCCUGGGGACCUGGCCUCAACACACUAGAGGUGUGCCCCAGCCUGGACAUCCGCUCGGAGGUGGCAGAACUGCGACGGCUGGAGAACUGCAGUGUGGUGGAGGGCCACCUGCAGAUCCUGCUCAUGUUCACGGCCACGGGGGAGGAUUUCCAUGGCCUCAGUUUCCCACGCCUCACCCAGAUCACGGACUACCUGCUGCUCUUCCGUGUCUAUGGCCUGGAGAGCCUUCGAGACCUCUUCCCCAACCUAGCAGUCAUCCGAGGCACCCGCCUCUUCUUGGGCUAUGCACUAGUCAUCUUUGAGAUGCCGCACCUACGUGACGUGGGGCUGCCAGCACUGGGGGCUGUGCUGCGUGGUGCUGUGCGUGUGGAGAAAAACCAGGAGCUCUGCCACCUCUCCACCAUUGACUGGGGCCUGCUGCAGCCGGCACCCAGUGCCAACCACAUCGUGGGCAACAAGCUGGGCGAGGAGUGUGCGGACGUGUGCCCUGGUGUGCUGGGUGCUGCUGGUGAGCCCUGUGCCAGGACUACCUUCAGUGGGCACACUGACUACAGGUGCUGGACCUCCAGCCACUGCCAGAGAGUGUGCCCUUGCCCCCAAGGGGUGGCCUGCACAGUGAGGGGCCAGUGCUGCCAUGCCGAAUGCCUGGGGGGCUGCAGCCGACCAGAAGACCCUCGUACCUGUGUAGCCUGCCGCCACCUGUACUUCCAGGGUGCCUGUCACCGGGCCUGCCCUCCAGGCACCUACCAGCAAGAGUCCUGGCGCUGUGUCUCAGCAGAGCACUGUGCCAGCCUGCGCUCUGUGCCUGGCCGUGCCUCUACCUUUGGUAUUCACCAGGGCAGCUGCCUGGCCCAAUGUCCUCCAGGCUUCACUCGUAAUGGCAGCAGCAUAUUCUGCCACAAGUGCGAGGGGCGAUGCCCCAAAGAGUGCAAGACAGGCACCAAGACCAUUGACUCCAUCCAGGCGGCACAGGAUCUGGCUGGCUGCACCCACGUGGAAGGGAGCCUCAUCCUCAACCUCCGCCAGGGCUACAACCUGGAGCCGGAACUGCAGCACAGCCUGGGGCUGGUAGAGACCAUCACUGGGUUCCUCAAAAUCAAGCAUUCCUUUGCCCUUGUGUCCCUGGGCUUUUUCAAGAACCUCAAACUAAUCCGGGGAGACUCCAUGGUAGAUGGGAACUACACGCUGUACGUGCUGGACAACCAGAACCUACAGCACCUAGGGUCCUGGGUGGCUGCGGGGCUCACCAUUCCUGUGGGCAAGAUCUAUUUUGCCUUCAACCCCCGCCUCUGCUUGGAGCACAUCUACCAACUGGAAGAGGUGACAGGCAUGCAAGGUCGGCAAAACAAGGCUGAGAUCAACCCCCGCACCAACGGAGACCGCGCCUCGUGCCAGACUCGAACGCUGCGUUUUGUGUCCAACGUGACAGAGGCGGAUCGCAUCCUGCUCCGCUGGGAGCGCUAUGAGCCACUGGAGGCCCGUGACCUGCUCAGCUUCAUCGUGUACUACAAGGAGUCCCCAUUCCAGAAUGCCACUGAGCACGUGGGUCCAGAUGCCUGUGGAGCCCAGAGCUGGAACCUCCUAGAUGUGGAGCUGCCCCUAAGCCGCACCCAGGAUCCAGGGGUGACCCUAGCCCCCCUCAAGCCAUGGACACAGUAUGCAGUGUUUGUACGGGCCAUCACUCUGACCACUGCUGAGGACAGUCCCCAUCAAGGAGCCCAGAGUCCCAUUGUCUACCUCCGAACCCUUCCUGCAGCGCCCACUGUGCCCCAAGACGUCAUCUCCACGUCCAACUCUUCCUCCCACCUCCUGGUGCGCUGGAAACCACCGACUCAUCGCAACGGAAACACUACCUACUACCUGGUGCUGUGGCAGCGGCUGGCGGAGGACAGCGACCUCUACCUCAACGACUACUGCCACCGCGGCUUGCGUCUGCCCACCAGCAGCAACGACCCCCGCUUCGACCGCGAAGACGGGGAUGCUGAGGCCGAGAUGGAGUCUGGCUGCUGCCCUUGCCAACACCCGACUCCGGGUCAGGUCCUGCCCCCGCUGGAGGCGCAAGAGGCCUCGUUUCAGAAGAAGUUUGAAAACUUCCUGCAUAAUGCCAUCACCAUACCCAAGUCCCCUUGGAAAGUGACGUGGGUCAACAAGAGCUUCCAGAGGGACGCAGAGCGGCACCGCCGGGCCACCGAGUCCCUCCGGCUCGGGGGCAACAGCUCGGAUUUCGAGAUCCAGGAGGACAAGGUGCCCCGAGAGCGAGCGGUGCUGGACGGCCUGCGCCACUUCACAGAGUACCGGAUCGACAUUCACGCCUGCAACCAUGCGGCACACACCGUGGGCUGCAGCGCUGCCACCUUCGUAUUUGCGCGCACCAUGCCCCACAGAGAGGCUGAUGAUAUUCCAGGAAAGGUGGCCUGGGAGGCGUCGAGCAAGAGCAGUGUUCUCCUGCGCUGGCUGGAACCACCAGACCCUAACGGACUCAUCCUCAAGUAUGAAAUCAAGUACCGCCGCUUGGGAGAGGAAGCCACAGUGCAGUGUGUAUCCCGUCUUCGAUAUGCCAAGUUUGGGGGCGUCCAUCUGGCCCUGCUGCCACCGGGAAACUAUUCUGCCAGGGUUCGGGCAACCUCACUGGCUGGCAAUGGCUCCUGGACAGACAGUGUUGCCUUUUACAUCCCUGGCCCAGAGGAAGAAGAUGCUGGAGGGCUGCAGGUCCUUGUCACUGUCACCCCUGUGGGCCUGAUGCUGCUCAUCAUUCUUGCUGCCCUUGGUUUCUUCUACAACAAGAAGCGAAACAGCACCCUGUAUGCCUCUGUGAAUCCAGAGUACUUCAGCACCUCUCAUAUGUACAUCCCUGAUGAGUGGGAGGUGCCCCGAGAGCAGAUCUCCAUCAUCCGAGAACUGGGCCAGGGUUCUUUUGGGAUGGUAUAUGAAGGGCUGGCACAAGGACUUGAGGCUGGAGAGGAAUUCACACCUGUGGCCCUGAAGACAGUGAAUGAACUGGCCAGUCCACGAGAACGCAUUGAGUUCCUCAAGGAAGCUUCUGUCAUGAAGGCAUUCAAGUGUCACCAUGUGGUGCGUCUCCUGGGAGUGGUGUCUCAGGGCCAGCCAACUCUGGUCAUCAUGGAGUUAAUGACCCGUGGAGACCUCAAGAGCCAUCUUCGAUCUUUGAGGCCUGAAGCAGAGAACAAUCCUGGGCUCCCACGGCCAGCACUGAGGGAUAUGAUCCAGAUGGCUGGUGAGAUUGCAGAUGGCAUGGCCUACCUCGCUGCCAGCAAGUUUGUGCAUCGAGACCUGGCAGCCCGCAACUGCAUGGUGUCCCAGGACUUCACUGUCAAGAUCGGGGACUUCGGGAUGACCCGAGACGUGUAUGAGACAGACUAUUACCGCAAGGGCGGAAAGGGGCUGCUGCCUGUGCGCUGGAUGGCCCCCGAGUCCCUCAAAGACGGGAUCUUCACCACUCAUUCAGAUGUCUGGUCUUUCGGUGUGGUACUCUGGGAGAUCGUGACCUUGGCUGAACAACCCUACCAAGGCCUGUCUAAUGAGCAGGUGCUCAAAUUUGUCAUGGAUGGUGGUGUCCUAGAGAAGCUGGAGGACUGUCCCCUUCAGCUGCAGGAGCUGAUGAAACGCUGCUGGCAGCAGAACCCACGUCUGCGCCCAACUUUCACUCACAUCCUGGACAGCAUACGGGAGGAGCUGAGGCCCUCCUUCCGCCUCCUUUCCUUCUAUUACAGCCCAGAGUGCAUAGGAGGCCAGAGCUCCCUGAUAUCCCCUGAUGCAGAGCCUGACUCCUCACCAACCCCAACAGGGGUUUCCUCAGACUGCAGCCUUCAAAAUGGGGGUCCAGGGCACUGA